AUGAACUUACUAGAUCUUCUCUCGGACGACGGGCCCGCCGAUGCUGGCGCUGGCCAGGUGGAUAUGCAGCAUUACCUCGAUAACGCCGGCAGUGGUUUUAGACACGAUCAUGGUCCUGGUUACCAAAACGUUCCAGAAAGGGCCAAUACUGGGGGUUCUAAUAUUAGUGGCGAUAAUGUCAUUUAUUUACCGUCGAUGAUGUCUAAUCUUCAGAAAGACGUGUGUGAGCUUAUUGUCCAGAUCUUCCGUAAAGGGUUUGAAGAGGAGCUCCAGAGAAGCAAGAACCGAGCGUCAAUUAGCAAUCUUUCCAACGAUGCUGACGAUUUACAAGGUAAUAUGAACGCCGACCAGGCUCGAGAAUCUAGUGCCAGGCUUAUCAACCUCAUGUACGAACAACUACGGAAGGUGUCUAUGCACCCUUCGCUUUUGGUAGACCAUUUCAUUCCUAAGCGUUGGUUGCUUCUGGAGGUGAAUGAGCGUCUUUUAAACUUAUCGGGAAAGCUGGCGCUUUUUGAUCGUAUUGUGGAAAUCUUGUGUGAGAAAUUUAAUGGUGACGAGAAACCACAGCGUGACUAUAAUGUACUUGUAAUGGCCGAGACCGUCAAGGAACUAGAGUGGAUAGAGGGUACGAUUAUUGGAAAGGAGAUCAACUAUAAAAACUUGAAUACUAGGAAAUUGUAUGAUACGGACGAGACACAACGUGAACCAAGAGAAGAGUUUACGGAAGAUGAGUUGUUUGCAGCAGACAACAGAAAUAAGAGACGUCAUUACAAGCAACGACGCCAAAGGGCCGCAGACAAGGGGAAGUCAACGGGCUUGACGCUUCACCUAGCCACUUCCAGGCACAUGUACGAAAGUUAUGCGUCUAGUGUUCAGUUCGAUUUAAUCUUUUCCUUUGAUUCUCAUCCAGACCUUCAAAGUGCCAGCAUGCAACUAAUCCGUUCAAACAAUGAAGCACUGUCUGCGUCUUUACAGGCAAGGCAAUACAAGACUCCAAUUAUCAUUCCUAUUCCAAUAUAUUCUGUUGAACAUUUUUCCAUUGUUUUACCGAGACCUGAACUCGAAUUGGACUUGAGAAGCGGCCCAGAGAGCCAAGUGAAAUGGAAGCUUAAAGUGAUAAGUGCGUUUGUCGCCAACAGACAUCGUUUAUACGAGCAUGACGAUAACGACUUUUAUGUCGACAAGUUUGGCGAUAACUUCGAAGACUUGAGAAGCUGGUUAUUCAAGUGGUGGGAGGUUCCAGCACCAACCUCGGCGAGCCUCCUAGAGGAAAGUAAGAGCUCACUUCAACUUCACCCUUCGGAAGAAAAGCUUCUCAAGAGACUCCUGGAAAACUUCUCGGACUAUCUCAAAGCCGCCUUUAGUCUCGAAAAACACAAGUUCAAGUUUGAGAGUCCCGUUACUGAGAGCGUGGAAGAAGUGAUCACAGACUUUGACACAUUUAAACGGAAGUUUGCUGAAGCACUCAAUUAUAGAACAGAGCUCGUGGAAACUACUGUACGUCGGGGGCUCUUCGAAGUGCUCCCUGAGUAUAGAAAGGCCGAGACCGAGAGACAAACGGAUAUCGAUGCCUGCGAAGACCAAAUGGGUGAAAGAUACCGUAAACUCAGAAAGCUCAAUGAAGAGGCCAGCACGAUGGACAGAAGAUACAAUAGAGCCGAAGCUGAGCAUUCAAAGGUUGAGUCGACGCACAAGGAAAACAAAGAGAUGCUUAAACAUCUAGAAGAAGUGAUUCAAGAAAAGAGUGACGAGGAGAUUAAACAACUUGUCGAAGAACAAACAAAGGUCAUUGCUCAAUUGGCCGAAGAAAAAGAGAGACUAGACAAGGAAUUGAGCGGAGUCGCCGAGGAAGGAGAGUCGCUACGCGGCAGCUACCAAACCAAGUCCAGUGAAGCAGUCAACAUCAGCAUGAACCUCAGUUCUGCUCAGAAGAAAAAUGAAACUCUCAGUGGGACCCUAAAUGGCCCCGGAAUGCAUAUUCUCCCGUCGCUCAAGAAGAAGUACGAGCAAAUGAGUUACGAAACCAAGUUCAACAGGCUUCAAAAAGAGAAUGCUUUCCUCAAGCUGCUUUUCCUGUCAUACUUGGAUAAAAUGGUAAGGGAGCGGAGUGCCGUCGUUGAUAGUACCAGCGCCGGCCUGAGCAGUCGCCCCACCAACAGAAUAAGUCGUGGAUCAACGCCAUUCACCUAA